UAACGUUUCUCUGAGCCACCUUUAGUACCUUUUUAACUAGUUGCAGUUUCAACGAUUGCCACAUUAAGAAUGCAGCUAACAAAAAUGGGUUUUUAUAAAUUAUUGUACAACAAAUAAUUCGCCCUCGAAAUCGCAGGAAAUGCUGUUUCCAAGGCUCUGGAUUUCAAAAUUUUCCGGGGGAGCAUGCCCCCGGACCCCCCUAGUGGGGUCGCGCCUCCGGCGCGAGAUGGAUUGGCGGGAGUGACUAUUUUUCCUAGCUACGCCACUGCUGUCUGCUGUGUUCUGGACGUGUUAGAGGAACCAUCGCAUUUGUUAAAUGGUAGCCAUGCUAGCAGCAAAGAUUCAACCGAUAAAACCGAUGGCAGUGCGUCAAGUAUGCAAGAUACAAUCGAUGAAUCAAAGAACGAAAUAAUGUUGAGAGGCUUGUACCACAUCCUAGUUCUCGGCUCCCAAACAUUGAACAUCCAUUUGCUAAUGAUUUUAGCGGAGAACUUAGAUGUUCCUGGAAAUCUGUAUAGUGUAAAAAGCGAGCAUGCUGAAGAAUGCCUUCGCCUGGUGAAGAAAAAAUAUUAGAUCUUAUAAACGAGGCGUCCGACCUGUUAAAGGAAAUAGCAAACGAUUCCAAAAAUCCUGAAGAUCCCAUAGCUAAAAAAAUCAACAAAUUUAACUCACAUGUUGCUCGUGCUCAAUUGGAGAUUCAGCUUUGUCGUGAUUUUCUUGAUGAGGCAAAAACUUCCAUUGACGAAAUGAUGGAAAAAGUUAACACAGUGAAAUAUUUGUCACGUGGCGUUCGUUUACUAGGAUGUGGAGUCACGUGGUACUCUUUAUAUCGUAUUUUAUCAUCCACAUCUAAACCUGAAGAUCUUGCAAGCUACGUUGUCCCUAGUGCUGCAGUGAAGAGGUUAGGCUUUCCUUUGCCACCAUUGGCAGGCUGCGAAAUUUCUGGUUACUUAUGGUUGUCAUGCUUGCGUCCUAGACGUGCGUAUGAGCUCCGUGAAAAUCUCGAAAAAAUGAAGGAAAAACAUAAACGUUUGGAGAUGGAGUUAAACUACUUAGAUCGACGACUGAAGUUGUUGCAGAAGAGUUAUCCUCCUAGUCAGGGCAGCGUUUAGCGCAUUCAAAUAUUCACUAAUCAGUUAAUAUCUUAAUAUAGUGAAUCACAGAAAUGAACUAAAACGACACCUCAGCAAGAACUCUUUACUGAACUAUAGUUUACAUUGUAUAAGUUUAAUGAAACAUGUAUCUUAUUGCAAUUACUUAAAGUAGUUUUAUUUAAAUGUUGUACAUAUAAUUAGUUCUGGCACUACUUGCAUUCGGCGUAGCCUUCGUUUGGGAAUACAGUUUCAACUUUUGUCAGAUUUCAUAGUAAAUACACAAUUUUGAUGUAA